GCGGGACCCAAUUAUAGUAGAUAAAAUUUAAUGAACAAUACAAUUGAGAUGUGAUCAUUCUGAUGCUUAUCACAUAUUCUCAUGGCUGAGAAGAAAUAAGGUGUAAUGGUUUGCCAUGAUGAAUCCACAGUGCUUAUUGUCCAGAACACCAAAUAUCAACUAAUAAGUUAUUUUGGAUAUUAUAGAUGUCACCAUCAUUGAGACUUCUGGGAGUUCACCUCUUGUAAACUCUUUCAGAGGUUUUUUAAUAGUAGUAAAAAAAGAGUUAAACCAAUAGAAAGUCAAUUUCUUCGAAGUGGGCACAUAAGCUGUGUGCAACAAGGAAAAGUAUGUAGUGAGAGUAUCUACAGAGACAAACAAGCAAAAAGUGACAACUGCCUAAGUUUAAAGUGGUGUUAAAGUACAACAACAACCAUUCAUUUAUUGAAAACUCCAAGUACAGUCGAAGAUGGCUAGUGAUGAUUUACCAGUUAACAUUCCUGUGACAAGUUUAUCAGAAUACUUCAACUGUCCAUUAUGUGAGUGUCAGAUGAGGAAUACGUUGAGUACAACAUGUGUGCACCGCUUCUGUGCCAAAUGUAUUAAGGAGUAUGUUAACAGACUGCAUAGGUGUCCCUGUUGUAACCAGGCCUUAGCAGAGAAAGAAUUACACAAAGAUCCUCUGUUUGAUGAAUUGAUGGAGACAUUUAAUAGUCAAAAACUGAAGGCUGAGAAGGAAUACUUUGAUAACCUAAUAGACAAAGCUAAUCCUGGUCCCAUUAAAGAUAAUGCUGUGCCAUCUGCAUCACAGGGGGCAAUUUCCCAGAAUGCAUCUGAUAUAUUCUCUCCUGUAGAGCUAGUCCUCCAAAAGCACUUGAAAAAAAGUUUGAUAGAUCUUGAGAGAUGCUGUCAGUCCCUGAAGCAAGAUUGCGACAGAAGGGAGCAUCAGGUUGACAUUGAAAUGAGAAAACUCAAAAAGGAUAUCUGGAUGCACUCUGGAGGAUUAACAGAUAGAGAACUUGAUGAGCAGCUUGGUGAUGUACAACAAACAUGUGAAAGACAGAAAAUUGAAGUGCAGCUUGAGAUGUCUAAAUGUGUGCAACUUAUUGCUGAUGCGUAUGACAAGUAUUUGAGUGAACACGUUCCUGACCUGGCAGUGCUACCCGUUAAAGUCUCUCUAAGUCUUCUCUCCAAGGGGAUUACACUGCCUGAUGUACAGCUGCAGCCAUUUCACAGUGUGGAAGACAUCAUGGAAAUAUUCAAAUCAAAGAUGAUUGAUAGAGGAGACAAGAUUGUACACUUACCAGAUGAUGCAAGGCUCAUCAGUUUUGGUCCAUUUAUGGACAAGGGCGUCUUUGAGAUGGAGAAAGCAGCUAGAGAAGUUGUAAACCAUGGUGAACAUAACCAAGAUAUACUUAUCCUCCCACCCGACUCAAUGCCUCUGCUUCAGUAUGGCCUGAAACCUGGUAGCGUUAUAGCUCUCUAUGGCAAAGUGCAGUGUGAGAGUGACCUUCAAGAACAAGGCUUCGCUACAACAUUCCAAAAAGAUGCAGGUCAAAAGGUAGAUUCCUUUUCUUGCAGUGAUUAUGAAAUAAACAGUCCAGUUACAAAUCCUUCAGUGGUUGGACAACAAGAACAAGAACUAGACCCUGACAAUGACCUACAACACCUGCCAAUACAGCAGCCUUGGUUACCCAGGGACCAGGAGGCCCACCAAGCAGAGCAGAACUCCUACAUGCAGGGAGAUUUUGAGGAAUAUAGCAAUCAACAAGAUCUGCCCACCACUGCUAACAAAGGCAAUGGUCCAGUUACAAAUCCUUCAGUGGUUGGACAACAAGAACAAGACCCUGACAAUGACCUACAACACCUGCCAAUACAGCAGCCUUGGUUACCCAGGGACCAGGAGGCCCACCAAGCAGAGCAGAACUCCUACAUGCAGGGAGAUAUUGAGGAAUAUAGCAAUCAACAAGAUCUGCCCACCACUGCUAACAAAGGCAAUGGGAUUCCUGUUGGUAUGAAUAUCAGAAAGGAGACGACUCAAGACUACAUUGAUCCAGGAAGAAAAUGCAACAUUUGCGGAGAUGUUUUCAAGAAUGAACUUGGUGUGCAAAUCCACAAAGGAAGGAUGCAUAAAUCGACCAGUUCCAAAUACCCAGAAUCAAAUAUUCAUCCCCCUGUAUCUCUUUCUCUCUCCUAUGGUUCAACUCAGACGACUCAAGACAACAUUGAUCCAGGAAGAAAAUGCAACAUUUGCGGAGAUGUUUUCAAGAAUGAUCGCGGUGUGCAAAUCCACAAAGGAAAGAUGCAUAAAUCGACGACCAGUUUCAAAUACAAAGAAUCAAAUAUUCCUCCCCCUGUAUCUCUCCCUCGCUCCUAUGGUUCAAGUCAAUGUUUUUGUGGAAGAGUUUUCAAGAAUGAACAUGGUCUGAAAAUCCACCAAGGAAAGAUGCAUAAGUAGAUAUCUGUGAAACCUGGGCAAAAAACAGAUCCUGAUUCUAACGAUUUAAUAGACAUGCGUAAAUGCACCUAAAAUUAGAUUAAGAAGCAGGAGGAAUACGUUUAUUCAUUCGUAAAUCAUUGUUAGAUGGGAUCAAACAUGUUCAUUAAUGUCGUAAUGUACUUUGAAUUGGAUAAUGACAUCAGAUCAUUGUGCAUAUAUAGCAUACUUGUCAAGUUAAAAGCUGCAAAAUUCCGGUCUAAUUUUUUUGAAAAUCCGGCUUGACUUGUAUAAUAAAGUUUCUAGGAUUAAUCCAGUUUCAGCUAUUAGCAAAAAUUAAGUUUAAUUCGGGCUGAAUUUGAAUAAAAACACUUUCCAACUAAACUAAAUUAAUUUCAAAUUUUUCCAUUUAUUUUUGAAACUGAAGUGUCUGGAUGAUGCAUAAUGAUUUAUUAAUAAUUAAGUCACUAUUACAUGACGAUAUAACUCAAAAUGUUGAAAUAUGAUGGAUUUUGUCAUAGAUACCGGCCCGGAUUCUUUCAUAGUAGAAUCAGUAGCUCAAUAAAUAUAAUAUUCUUUGAGCCUAUGAGAUCCU